GGCCACAAGGGCUCCGAUAGAGCGGCUACAUUUCACCAAGACCCGGGAUGGAGGAGAGAGGUGGAGGGGGGAAGAAAAAGUUCAAACCUGAAAAGCCCAACUUUGAAAAUGACGCUUCACUGACGCGCAGUUUUACCACUACGACGAGAUCGCCGGCGGUAGAUUAAAGUUUAUGAGAAUAUCAUUCACUUACCUGCGCUUUUUUCUUUCCCCCCCUUUUUUAAUUUGCUCUGUGCGCGCGCAAGACUGGCCGAGGGUCGCGGUCGCUGCGCGCUGAGAUGUUGGAGUGAGUGAGCAUGGCUGCGCAAGUGGCAUCGGCACCCUCCAGAAAUAACAACAAGAACAAGAAAUUAUCCAGCGGCUUGGGCACGGAGCUCAAUUCGGGGAAAUCCGGAGGAGUAGGAGGAGGAGGGGGAAGCGUUCAGCAGCGCAGCGGGCAGAUGCUGGGAGCCGGAGAUGGGACUCUAAAUAAUGUAGACCAUCACCGCCGAACGGAGCCCGGCAUGGUGCGUUCAACUUCCGCGGGUCACGGUAAGGAUGGGAAUAACCUCACGUCGUCUAAUUCCAACGCUUCCUCCAUGGAAACGGGUUUGAUCGCCAACAAUAAGCUGAAAUGUGUCGAGAGCGGGGACCCCCCUCAGUCCCAGACACCGCAGCCGCAAUUCGGCCAGUUUGCGCCGCAUCCGCAACGUCAGAUGCACAGCAACAACAACGGACAGGGACCCCGAGGGACCGUGGAUCACCACGGCGGUAAAGAGAACCUUCUGGGGGGUCACGUGGAGUCACAGUUGCAAGGUAAAGGUGAGGGGCAUCUUAAACCCACAGAGGUGAUGAUGUCUUCAAGGUAUGAUCACACCAACUUGGGGCCAACCAGCAACAAUUCAGAGUUUAACAACAACUAUUACUCAACAAGGUCUUAUGAGCAACAUGGCGGACAACAACAGCAACAAGGGAUGGGGUUAUCAUCUGCUCAUAACAGCAUGGACAACUCCCAUGAAGCAGGCUACCAGAACAGCCAGUACAACCAGUACCCUGCUUAUAAUCGGACACGAUACGGGGGGACCUACGGCAUGGUGGUCCCCUCUGGGUGCAGGCAACCUGACAACAUGAUGAUGAGUAGCAACUCCUCAGCAAGCCACGGCAAGUCAACGCUUGGAGCCUCUUCCAGUGGCUUCCAAAGGUUCCCGGGACCAACUCAGCAGCAGCACCCCUCAGGUGCAACCCCGACCCUCAACCAGCUGCUCACGUCACCGAGCCCCAUGAUGCGGGGCUACGGCGGGGCCUACCAAGACUACGGCGGAUCCGCGGCACAGCAGGGUCUGGGGAAAGAUGUGGGCCCCCAGUAUGGAGCCACCACUGCUCACGGCUGGGGAGGCCAGACCAGGAAUCAUCCGCAUCCAAUUAGUACAGGCAAUGGAGGGCAAGGCCUCGGGAGGAGUCAGGUGUCCUCCAUGGACUUUAUGGCGAUGAAGCGCUCGCAGCUUUAUGGUAUGGCCGAUAAUCCAUACUCCGGCCCGCAGCAGCCCGGGGGUGGGCCUUACCCUCCUACCCAGCCGUAUACGCCGCCUCCCUCACACCGCUAUCCAAUGGGCAUGCAGGGAAGAGGUCAAAUGGGCAUGGGGAGCAUGCAGUAUCCUCAGCAUCAGGUGGCGCCCUACAGCCAACAGGGGAUGGCCAGCUAUAGCCAGCAGCAGCAACAGGCAGGCCAGCAGGGAACUCCACCCUAUUUUAGUCCACCGCAACAGACACCUUCUGGACCUAACCAGAGCCCUUACCUGCAGUCACGACCACCGCCACAGGAGGCACGGCAAGAGAAUUACAGCAGCAGAGGACCUGGCCCAGGGAAUUCUGGGAAGAACAGUAACGAGGACGGCAGCUCCUCUACAGACCGCCCUUCCAGUCUGCCGGAUUUGUCUGGCUCAAUUGAUGACCUCCCCACGGGGACAGAGGCUGGUCUCGGAUCAGCCGUCGGCAGCGGCAGUAACCAAGGAGAGCAAACAGGUGCCAGCAUCCAGAGACAAUCUCCUUUCUCUCCCCACGCCUCGCCACGCCUUCAUAGCCAGAGGAGUGGACCUUCACCCUCCCCUGUGGGCUCACCUGCAGGCUCCAGUCAGUCCCGUUCAGGCUCUGGACCCAUCUCCCCCGCCAGCGGACCCACCGCUGUUGCCAACGCAUCAGGCUCCACCUCAAAUCCACCGAGCUCUGGAAAUGGACCGGAUGGAUCCCGCCCACCUAUCACCCGAUCACCAAUGGCUCAGGAGGGAGGUUUUAUGUCGAGCAUGCCAAGAAACCAGUCUGUCUCUCAAUUCCCCAUGUAUCCCGGGAUGGGGCCCUUCUCCCAAAGUGGCUCCGCAGGCCCUUACGCACCUCAAGAAACCCAGUAUGGACACCAAGGGAACUAUCCUCGGCCCUCCAACUACAGUGGGACUCCAAGUACCAACUACAGUAUUCCUGGCCCAGCCAUGGCCAACAGUGUGGCCAUGAACGCAAGCAGCCCUAUGCACGGCCACGGCCCUGGUCAACCCAUCCCUGGAGGACGUAAUCAUGGACCGGGAAACCACAAUAGAGGGUAUCCCACCAUCGCCCCCAACUCCCCCAACAUGCCUCAGCCAGCAGGACCGGGGAUGGGCCCUCCCUCUUCAGGGACUCCUAACCGCAAAACACAAGAGGCAUCCGUCACCAUGCCAAGCUCAAUCAAUGCUUCACACAGCAGGCAGGGCAGCUAUCAAGGACCUAGCAUCAGCCAAGCAAGCACCAUAGCCCCCUACAGCCGGCCAGCAGCCAACAAUAUUUCAGCAAUGGGCAACGCACAAGGUUCGGCCUACAAUGUGAUACCAUCAGGACCCAUUGGAAUGUCCGGGGACGGGAUGUUGAUGAGCCCAGAUGUGAAAAUGAAAGCAGAUGCAAAAGAUGACAAUGGCCCUGCCAAUGACACUCACAAGCCAAAGAUACAAGAGAGUCACAACAACAGCAGCACCGGCUCCCAGCAGUGUGCUUCGCAACCGGCUACACCAAGCAAUGCUCUGCCAGUCCCCUCCCCACUGUCACCCAGCCCAGCUAGCUUGUCAUCAUAUCACGGCGAUGAUAGUGACAGCAUAAGCAGCCCUCCUUGGCCCGUCAAGGCCCCUCCAAGCCCAAAAGCCAAUCCCCACUUGUCAAUAUCCAGUGGCGAGCGAAUCUCACGUCUUUACGAGCUGGGUGUUGAGCCAGAGAGGCGGAACUGGGUAGAACGCUAUCUUUCCUUCAUGGAGGAGAGGGGGACGCCUGUUUCCCAGCUUCCUAUUGUGGGGAAAAAGCCUCUGGAUCUCUGGAAAUUCUACAUUGCUGUUCGGGAGAUUGGAGGCCUCGCCAUGGUAAACAAGAACAAGAAAUGGCGCGAGCUCUCCACCACACUGAGCGUGGGAACCUCCAGCAGCUCAGCCAGCUCACUCAAGAAGCACUACAUCCAGUACCUAUUUGCCUAUGAGUGUAAGAUGGAGCGGGGUGAAGAGCCACCAGCAGACAGCAGCAGCAGCAGUAGUGGAAGCAUGGCUGCAGGGGACAACAGGAAGCAGGUCAAGAUUCAGCCUCCCUCGCCUGCUAAUUCAGGUGGCUCGCUCCAAGGUCCACAGACACCACAAUCUUCUGGCAGCAGCUCCACUGCGGAAGGUGCAGGGGACCGUUUAACCCCCACCCGUGCUACCACCCCUCUUGGACAGAGCACACCUGUGCCUCCAAACAGGAGCAGCGUGAGUGUGCAGGAUCCCUUCUCAGAAGUCAGCGACCCGGCCUUCCAGAAGCGUGUUGCCUCCCUGCCACCCUCUGCUCCGUACCAGCAAGGCCUCGGCAUGCCUGACAUGAUGAUGAGGAUGCAAUAUGAUGCCAAGGACCCCUUCGUUGGCAUGAGGAAGAUGGCAGGUGCAGAUCCUUACAUGCCUGGCCAGGCCCCUCCUGGAGGUGUGCAGGACAUGUACGGUCGGCCACCAACUGCCGUUAGCAUGAGUCAACGCUCACAGUACUCAUAUGGACCAGGCUAUGACAGGAGACCAGACCACUUGAUGGGAAUGGAAGGAGGCAUGGGUCCUCCUGGUAGUCAGAACAGCAUCGCACCUCACAGUGAGGGUAGUAUGUAUUCUUCCAGCAGAUAUCCAUCACAGCAGAGACAUGACGGCUACAGUCCACAGUACCCUGGCAUGCCAUACGGGAUGCAUCCUUCCGGGAUGUACCAACAGCAACAGGGCUACAAACGGUCAAUGGAUGGUAUGUAUGGUCCACCGCCAAAGAGGCAUGAGAGUGAGAUGUAUGGCAUGCAGUACUCCAACCAGCAGGCAGACAUGUAUAACCACUAUGGUGGGGGCUAUUCAGGCCCAGAACACAGACCCAUCCAAGGACAGUUCCCCUACCCCUACACCCGCGAACGGAUGAGUACUUCAAUGCCAAGCCAACAUGGAAUGAUUGGUGGGGGGCCUCCUCCUCACCACGCUGGUGAUGGUCCCAACAUUUGGCCAUCCAGGACAGACAUCAGUUAUCCUUAUCCCAAUCGACAAGGACACGCAUCCCAAAUACCUCCUUACGGCUCAAUUGGCAGAGAAGACAUGGAUGGCCGGCCGGGCCAGGAGCAAUGGCACCGGCAGUCUCCCUAUAUGUCAUCAUCUGGUGGUAUAACUCCAUUUUCAUCACGCCACCCCCAAUCUUCUUACUCCAAUUCACAAUCUAUGGCAAACCACCUGCCCAGAGCCCCCAGUCCAGGAGCUUUCCAGCGCUCCUUGGAGUCUCGUGUGUCACCAAGCAAAGCAGCUUUCCUGUCAGCCAUGAAAAUGUCAAAACCUGGGAUGUCCAUGAUGGGAUCUCAGGGGUGUGGACCUCUGGGUCAGUUCCCUCACAACCUGAGGAGGGACCUUAACUACCCACCCGGAUCGGUGGAGGGCACCAUGCCAAUUCUCAGGCCUCGACGCAAGCUUACCUCCAAGGACACAGGGAUUCCCGAGGCCUGGCGUGUCAUGAUGUCUCUUAAAUCUGGAUUAUUAGCAGAGAGCACAUGGGCGCUUGACACAAUCAACAUUCUGCUUUAUGACGACAGCACCGUUGCUUCAUUUAACCUAUCCCAGUUGCCAGGCUUCCUGGAGCUCAUUGUGGAGUACUUCCGCCGUUGCCUGAUUGAGAUCUUUGGCAUCCUGCAAGAGUUUGAAGUGGGGACGAUGAUAAAGGAAAGCUUGUCGGACCUCACCUCCUGGCAGAAGGAAGAAGUCAUCUUGGACAAUGAAACGGAAAGUGCGGUACAAUCUAAAUCUGGGUCCAUCCCAAGUCUAGCAGUGCUAGAGGAGCUACCAGGAAAUAUUAUGAAGGAAUAUGUUGCUGUUACCAAUGAGAAGAAUAAACCUGAUGAGUGCUUAAAAAAGGAUGACAAAGAAAAGAAAUCAGAGUUGAAAAAUGAGAGUGAUGUAGAACUUCCUGUUGCUGAGCUGGAACCAAAGCCCAAACAAGCCAGCAAAUAUGAUAAGUUCCCCAUAACCAUUGUUGACAAAGAUGACCUUUGUGAAGACAUGACAGAUCACUUAGUUGAUGAGUUCACCAGUGGUCUACUUCACUGGCAAGCUGGUGGAGGCGACACCACGGCUCACAUUCAGACAUACUUUGAACCCCGCAGUGACCCAACCGCCAGGGUGGAGGACAAGAUAUUCAAAGAAAUUGAAGACAACGACGAAAAGGAACAACCAAGGAAACGUAUCACCGCGACCAUUGACGAUAUCCUGUGUGCACGGGUUGACGCACUCUCCAAUGCCCACCCUGCUCGCUCACUGCCAUCCUACCCUUUCAGGGUGCAUCCAGAUGGAGAACAGGACCAUAUCACCUUGUUGGAAGAUGAACCACGUUGUCUGGAUGAAACCCCGCUAUCCACAAGCUCAGCCUGGCAGGACUCAUUGGCCAAACGCUGCCUCUGCAUUUCCAACAUUGUCCGCGGCUUGUCAUUCAUACCAGGGAAUGACUCUGCUAUGUCGCGACACCCCGCCCUGGUUCUUCUUCUGGGCAGGCUCCUGCUGCUGCACCACCAACAUCCUGAGAGGACCAGAUCGCCACCCAGCUAUCAAAGAAAUGAACAGCAGGACAAGGGGCUGUCGAGUAGUAAAUACGAGUGGUGGUGGGAGUGUCUGAGUCAGCUGAGGGAGAAUGCAAUGGUAACUCUGGCUAAUAUCUCAGGCCAGCUGGAUCUCUCCACCUACAGCGAUACCAUCUGCCUCCCCAUCUUGGAUGGCCUCCUCCACUGGAUGGUGUGCCCUUCAGCCGAAGCCCAGGACCCGUUCCCUUCGGCGGUGGCCGACUCCCAGCUCACUCCUCAGCGGCUGGUUCUGGAGUGCCUUUGCAAGCUGAGCAUCCAGGAAGGGAACGUUGAUCUCCUUCUCGCCACGCCACCUUUCAGUCGACAAGAGAAACUCUUCACAGUACUUGUCCGCUAUGUAGGUCAAAGAAAGGCCCAAGUGUACAGGGAAAUGGCAGUGGCCAUCACCUCCCACCUGGCACAAGGAGACCCAACUGCAGCCCGUGUAAUAGCCAUGCAAAAAGGCAGCGUGGGCAAUUUGGUAGCCUUUUUACAAGAUGGCAUCAACAUGGCGCAGUACCAGCAUAACCCUUACAGUUUGUUGCACAUGGGACACCCCCACAUGGAUCCGCCUAGUGUUAGCAUGUUGUGCAGAGCAGCUAAAGGCCUAUUGGCAAUGGCCAAAGUGGAGGAGAACAAAAGUGAGUUUGUGCUCUACGAAAGCAGAUUGUUAGACAUUUCCACGUCUUCCGUACUGAACGCUGGAGUAGUGGCAAUUAUUUGCCAGGUUCUAUUUCACUUGGGGAAGUCAUGACAUGAGGAGAGAAGAGACUCGUAUGGCAAACAAUAGGGUGGAAAAAUGUUCACUCGUUUUGCUAUUUUUAUUCAUCGAACGGAAAAAACACCAUUUUUUUAUUCCACUUAAAAUAUCUUUAUGUAUACCCUCUUAACAGUUUGUGGUUUCAUUUUAAUACAAAUAUUUAAUACCUGUCGGUGUUUGAUCAUUGAUAUUAUGUUUAGCAUUUGUUUACUUUUGUCCACCUAAAGCUAUCGCCAGAUUUUGGUGCUGACUUAUGUCGAGGAGUUUGUUUUCGGUUUUAUAAAAAAGCUAAAAAUGCUCAUCUACUUUUUGUUAUUAGAGAGUAUUUAUUGAAAAACAAAAUGUGACACUGUACAGGAGUUUGACGUUUUUGCCAGCACUUGUGGAAAGCAACACUUUGACUGUUUGAUUUGAAAUGUUUGUCUCGGUCGCUGGAAGAGAACUUGUGCAAUAGGACUCGAGCAAGUGGUCCCUUCAAUGAACCAGAUGACAACACACUUACAGUGUGUACUUUAGUCCACAAGGAGGCAGCUUGCACCAGCCAAUCAACUUCAGAGAAGUGCAUCUGUCGAACAGAAAUGUCUAAUUUAUUAAUCAUUGCCUCAACGACUUUGGAUCGUUUGUCUUAUCAAUGCCUGUUUCAUCUUGUCUGUAUUAUUUCAUCACUGUAUACAAACUGUACAAUGGAGGCACAUGAUUCUGUCUAUCUUAAAGCAUAGCAAGAGCUUGGGCGAUAAAUGCUUUUGUUGUUGUUAAACAUUUGUUAUUGUUAUUAUGAGUAUUUUGUUAUUGGGGUCUGAUAUUUGAAAAUGGUAACCAAUGUUUCAGUGUAAAAAAAGAAGAAGAAAAAAAGAUAAUAAAAGCCUGUAUGCGUUGUAUUAUAGCUGAGAAAACAAUCGCUUUGGUAAUCAAACAUGAAAGUGCCAGGGUGAGAAGAUAUAUAGGUGAGGUUACAUUAGAAAACGGAACGCAUUUCUUUUUGUUACUGUCCUCCAUUCUCGUUAGUGGACAAAUUUUGGAACGCUUUUGAACAAAAAAAUAAAAACAAAAAAUGUGUUGGAAAGCCGACAAGGUGUUAAAAAUGCUCAUUGUAAAAUUUGCCUUUUUCGUAUGACUACAGUAUGUCUCUUUUAUCCGGUAUACACAUUUAUACUCUGUGCUGCACAUGUCACGAAUAAAUGUACUAUGAACAUCAUCAAGCAUCGCAAAUAUUGUAUUAUGUUCAGACAAUCUACAGGCCAAUAAAACAUUCGCUGUCUAAUCAGACUGAGUUAUUGACAUAACAAAUGAAAUAAUGCAAAAUGAUACAGAUGGAGUCCAUUUACACUUGGAAUGUCAAAUACAGUGGGGCAAAUAAGUAGUCAACCACCAAUUGUGCAAGUUCUCCCUCUUGAAAAGAUUAGAGAGGCCUGUAAUUGUCAACAAGGGUAAACCUCAACCAUGAGAGACAGAAUGUGGAAAAAAAAAAAAAAAACAGAAAAUCACAUUGUUUGAUUUUUAAAGAAUUCCAAAUUAAGAGUGGAAAAUAAGUAUUUGGUCAAACAAACAAGCAAGAUUUCUGGCUGCCAAAGAGGUCUUCUAACGAGGUCUAACGAGGCUCCACUCAUUACCUGUAUUAAUGGCACCUGUUUUAACAGACACCUGUCCACAACAUCAGUCAGUCACACCCCAAACUCCACUAUGGCCAAGACCAAAUAGCUGUUGAAAGACACCAUAGACAAAAUUGUAGACCUGCACCAGGCUGGGAAGACUGAAUCUGCAAUAGGUAAAAUGCUUGGUGUAAAGAAAUCAACUGUAGGAGCAAUUAUUAGAAAAUGGAAGACAUACAAGACCAAUGAUAAUCUCCCUCGAUCUGGGGCUCCAUGUAAGAUCUCACCCCUUGGCGUCAAAAUGAUAACAAGAACGGUGAGCAAAAAUCCCAGAACCACACGGGGGGACCUAGUGAAUGACCUACAGAGAGCUGGGACCACAGUAACAAAGGCUACUAUCAGUAACACAAUGCGCCGCCAGGGACUCAAAUCCUGCACUGCCAGGCGUGUCCCCCUGCUGAAGAAAGUACACGUCCGGGCCCGUCUGCAGUUCUGCUAGAGAGCAUUUGGAUGAUCCAGAAGAGGACUGGGAGAAUGUGUUAUGGUCAGAUGAAACCAAAAUAGAACUUUUUGGUAGAAACACAGGUUCACUUGUUUGGAGGAAAAAAAUACUGAAUUGCACCAUACCCACUGUGAAGCAUGGGGGUGGAAACAUCGUGCUUUGGGGCUUUUUUUCUGCAAAGGGACCAGCACGACUGAUCUGUGUAAAGGAAAGAAUGAAUGGGGCCAUGUAUCAAGAGAUUUUGAGUGAAAAUCUACUUCCAUCAGCAAGGGCAUUGAAGAUGAGACGUAGCUGGAUCUUUCAGCAUGACAAUGAUCCCAAACACACAGCCAGGGCAACAAAGGAGUGGCUUCGUAAGAAGCAUUUCAAUGUCUUGGAGUGGCCUAGCCAGUCUCCAGAUCUCAACCCCAUAGAAAAUCUGUGGAGGGAGAUGAAAGUCAGUGUUGCCCAACAACAGCCCCAAAACAUCACUGCUCUAGAGGAGAUCUGCAUGGAGGAAUGGGCCAAAAUACCAGCAACAGUGUGUGAAAAGCUUGUGAAGAGUUACAGAAAACGUUUGGCCUAAGUUAUUGCCAACAAAGAGUACAUGACAAAGUAUUGAGAUGAACUUUUGGUAUUGAGCAAAUACUUAUUUUCCACCAUGAUUUGCAAAUGAAUUCUUUAAAAAUUAAACAAUGUGCUUUUCUGGGUUUAUUUUCCACAUUCUGUCUCUCAUGUUUGAGGUUCACCCAUAUUGACAAACAGGCCUCUCUAAUAUUUUCAAGUGGGAGAACUUGCACAAUUAGUGGUUGUCUAAAUACUUAUUUGCCCCACUGUACAUUAGUUUUGCUAACUGCAAAAUCUUGCUACAUCCGUUAUAUAUUCUAAAUGUAACUGUUUCAUGGGGGGACGGGUGGAUGCUAGUGAACAAAUAUUUGCAGAUCCCUUCACACUUUCAGGGGCCCGAUACACACAUCGGCUGAUCGUCUUGAGGGGAGUCUGGCAGAGAUUUUUUGCACUCCCCUUGUCCAACUACGCACACUUUAUGCCAGCAAACGGGAUCCCUUAGAGGCCCAGCCCAUGUAUGGUCGCACCCCCUAAGUUCUGCCCCUGGAUCCAAUGAGAUGACAGUAAGAUAAGGAUUCCUUCCUGCCACUCUACCCUAUGGCCCAAUUAACCUGAAUUUAAACUCUGUUUUUAUAAGACUUUAGAAUGUUUGUGUGUUUUUAAGUGUUUAUAUUGAACUAAAGUUGAACUUUUUGGACAUAAUUACAUCAUAUGUGUUCAAGAUGUGAAGCAUGGUCAAUGUAGAAUCUUGCAUUGAGUCUGUUCUUUUUCAGCUGGAACAUAUACUGUACAUGAGGAAACGUGGAUGGAAUUAUGAUUUAUGAACAGUUCAAAAUAUCUGUGUUAGCACAAUACCUUGAGGCUUCCAAGUUCCAGUAAAAAACAAAAUGCUGACAAAAACAGCUGAAACGUAUUGUAAGAUAAUCCGGGGCACUUUAAAUCGAAACAAGUGUGUUCCAUUUAACAUCAGUUAAGGCCAUGUCCAGGGUAUCCUGCUUUUCCUACGGUUUGGCCAAUCAUCCUCAUGCAGAUCCACAUUCAUUUUGGGCAUUAGAGGGUUUUUAAAAACUCCGACCAAAGUUAAGAUUUGCGAAUUCAGCGUUUGAUGCGUCGUCAUGUGCACUUUAACCGGAAGUUUGCGGGGUUUUUUUAACAGUCGAAACGUCAAUACCUGCAACAAAAAAUGUUCAACUGUUAUUGUGCGACCGAUGUUUAAAUACACAGGGACUGCGCUUACGCUCACGGAAGAUUUGGAACAACAUAAAACAGCUUACAACAUCAUAUAUACAUUGCGGAUGUAUUAAAUACAUAUUUAUAUAUACCGGUAUAUUGCAUAUAUAUAAACACAUAAGCAACCGUGUGCCAAAGCGACCCGUGCUAACAUGCUAACGGUUCAUGAUCAUCUCACAAGGCAAGGACCAAACAGACAAAAUACGAUCAUUGAACCAUUUUAGCUUUUGUCAUUCACUCUGUGCUUGAAUGUAAAUCAACAAAUGCGUUUAAAAAAAAAACAGACCUAUGCAUUUGGGUGUGGAUAUUUUUCCUACGAACGAAGUGGUGUGGAUGUUGAGGUUUUUUUUGUUUUGUUUUUUUAUGGAUGGUCAAAAUACUCGUUUUUAAGGGCUCUUUCACACCAGACCAGUGCUUUUCAAUUAUUUUCUGUUGCGCACCCCCAGGAAGACGUUAACGUUUCGCGCCCCUCAACUCUCUGCCACCACUGUAAAUAGUAUCAAUUGUCUAUAAAACUAUUUGAGAAGUACUGCACUAGACCAAGAGGACCAGGGUCCGGUUGGAGAGCUACCUCGCAGCAGCACUUGCAAAUGAGUUGUUGAAAAAGUUCAGCAUUCACACUGCGCCAACCGAACUUUCCGAGUAGCAUCAUGUGGACAAAAGGCGCACUCAUUGAUUGGACAAAGAGGAAAUACCUCCUUCCUGGGAGGGGAUGGAACGUGGAGCGUCACAACGUGGUGCUGUGAUGCUGCAUGUAAUGUAGCAUAGCAUGAUUUUUACAUUUUAAACUUUAGUUGUUUUUUUUUAUUACUGUCUUUUAUUUUGCAAUGAUAUUAUA